AUGUUCUCCAUCUUUCCAGCUUCUGGAAAUGUCAUGCCUGGAGCUCAGCAGGUCAUCAAUGUGGAAUGCUCAGCUGAUAAUAUCAGCAUUAGUGAUGAGGAGAUAUGCAUCGACAUAUCAGACCGGGAUCCCAAACUAUUUCCACAUGGCAUUCCUUACCGAAUUCAAGCAGAAAGCUGUAUUCCAGCCAUUGAUAUGGAUGACAUUGGUGCUAUCUUCGAAGAACACCGAAUCUGCAAGAGCCUUUCUCUUUGGCAACAUUACAAUAAACUGGAAAGUGGAGGCGUCUAUGGGGAGAUGGAGAAGAAGUUCAUGUUCAAUAAUGUACUUGUUGGUAAAAAGUCCAAAGCUCGCUUCAAGAUCAUCAACAACACAAAGGUCCCAUGUGAUGUAAUAAUGAACCUGAGAACUCAAGCAGCUCGUGGAAGUGGGAAAACCCAACACCAAUUGGAAGCAUUUGAAAUUGAACCAGUGAAAGCACAGAUAUUAAACCAUGGCCAUAUAUUUGUCACCGUAACGUUUGCCCCACAAACCAUGCAGAUGUACACUACAACUUUUGAAGCUGUCAUAGAUUCAAGCAACUUACCAUUUAAGAUUGACGGCUUGACAUUUGAUAUAUCAGGGGAGGGCACUCUUCCAAGGAUCUCUGUAACUCAGCCAAUGAUACGUAACAGACAAGGCCAACCAGUGUUAAUCUUUAAACAGAAUUUAGUUGGACAUGCACAGGCUUUAACAUUAGCUCUGACCAAUGAUGGUACUCUGCCUUGUAAGGUUGACUUGGACCUCAUUGAUACGGAUAAAGUUUACAGUUUGGUACAUUCUGCAGACAAAAAUGAAAACAUGGAACACAAAUUCAUCAAUGGUAAAGUCAUACAAAAGAAACCGUACACAGCCACUGUGUCUCUGGAAUGUGAUGAUGUGAUUGCAUUUGAUGUGAUCUUCCACCCAAAGCAACCUGUUAAGAGUUAUGGCCAAGUGCAGUUGAAUGUACAUGGCAAUCAGUACGAGAACACUAUCAUCUGGCUUAUUGGAGAGGGUUACUUAGAGGAAGUCACCUUUGAUAACAUUAUGCUUGAUUCACAACUUGAAUUGCAAUUAAAAACAGAAACUUUGGAGAAUUGCCAAGACAAUGAUAAUAUUCAAGCAACAAGAGCAAACUUGAUGGCAUUUGGUGACUGCUAUAUUCAAGAGCCAAAGACCCAAUGCCUAUCCAUCACAAACAGAUGCCAAACAGACUGUAUUCAUUUCCAAUGGGUCGACCAAUAUCCACUGAGUUUUUCACCACAAGUUGGGCAUUUAAAGCCAGGCCAAGCAAAAGAAGUUGCAAUCACUUUCAAUGCAGAUAAACCUGUGUGCCUGAAGCUAGAAAGAGUAAAGUGUACCAUAAAAAAGAUUAUUUUUCAGCAACCCCUUAGUGAGAUUCCUGACUGGGAUGACAGAAUCCAUACGAUUCAGUGGGUGGAUGUAGAAGCCCCUCUUGACAACAACACAAGAGCAAAUUCUGUGACAACAGUGACAACAGCCACAAACAAUAAAGAAAAAGCACACAUUGACAAUUCUACUCGUGUCUCAUCUCAGAACAAAUCUGGCCCUUCCAACCUUCUAACUGCAUCGACAACAACACCAACAUUUAUAGGUCCUCGAAAAAAGAAGGUGAUUAAAACCAAACCUCAGCCUCCGUGUACUGAAGUAUCAGAUUCAGAAAGAAACAUUCUACUCCUGGUCAGUGGAAUUGCGGAUUAUUGUGAAUAUUCGUGUUCAACAACACAGAUUCACUUCAAAGAUACACUCAUGUUUCAGACAAGGACUUACAAGUUCAGCAUAUUUAACAAAGGGUUGGUUCAGAUGGACUACAAUUGGCAAGUGAUUAUGGACACUUUCAGACCAUCAAUUACUGAUGGACAAAAACAAACUAAUGAAGGAGCACCAGCCUCACCAGCACCUUCCCCUGAUUCAUAUGUUCCAUUCUCUAUUGAACCCGCAUUUGGAACCAUUGCAGCCAAAGGAACAGUAAACUUUACGGUCAAGUUUUCUCCACUCAACAUUACAGAGAAUUCCGGACACUUAAUCUGCAGUGUUCCAAAUUUGCCAGGCAGCAGCCAAGGACCAAGUAUUGGAGUAAAGGGCAGGAGUUUAAUGCCAUAUUGUCAUUUUGAGUUGGAAGAUUCCGAUUAUAUUCGUACGCGUCGAAAUCCUGAAAUGCGAGGCCCAGGAGGAGCACCCCCUGGAGCAGCUCUUGAUGUCAAUACUAGAGUUGUUGAAAUAGAAUGCAUCGGGAUAGGAGUCAGUGUACAGAAGAAAUUCUACAUUUUGAAUCCGACCAACAAGGCAUAUUGCUAUGAAUGGAUAUCUGAAGACGAAAUGAACCCAAAGAAUUUUACUGGAUUUAGCUGCUUAUCCCCCAAGGGAAAUGUCUCUCCAGGAAAACAAGCUGAGAUGUUGUUUGAAUUCAAAUCACGAGAAAUAGGAAUUGCUGAAUCAUUCUGGCGAUUUCUGAUUCCUGACCAAAAUAUUAUCGUCCCAUUUUUACUAGUGUCCAGUGUCAAAGAUCCAGAUAUUCUGCUUGACCGGUCUCACAUGAGAUUCAAACCAGUUCUUCUAAACCAUGAAACAACAGAAAUUGUACAUUUGGUGAACAAUGAAAUGAGUGCUUUUCAGUUUGCAUUUGAUGAAGGAAGUUGUUUCUCUGAUGGAAUCCCUUCUAAGCUGUCAAUUGAGCCAAUGAAAGGCUUGGUCCCUCCAAUUUCCAGGCUUCCAAUUACAUUCACUUUCAUUCCUUUGAAUGAAAAGCCAGUCAAUUUUAAUGUUGUGUGCAAAGUGGUUGGUAAAGUGUCUCCUUUGCAAAUGAAUAUCAAGAGUGAAGGUUAUGCUAUGAGUUGUGCUGUCCUCUGUGAAGAUAAACAGGCUAUACAGAUUGAGCUUACAAAGUGGGGACUCAAUGAGAUAGACUUCAGUGAGGUGGAAAUCAAUGAGAAAUCAACAAGGAUUGUGACAAUUUCAAACACAGGCAAAUUUCAUUUCAACUAUGAAUGGAAAGUUAAUGACAAGGCCAACCAUUUGUUAUCAGUCAGUCCAACGUCUGGAGGUGUUAAAUAUGGCAGCAAAGAUAAAUGCGUCAUUACAUUUUGUCCAAAGAUAAAAUCUUCAUUAAAUGGUGCAAAAAUGAAACUCAAGAUCUCUAAUGGUCCAACUUACCAGAUUGUCUUUAAUGGCUCUGGAAUCUUUCCUGGACUUCAGUUCUCUUUCCUCUCCCAUAAUUUUGGUACUUGCUUUAUUUUCAAAGCAGGCAUGGGGCCCAAAACUGCAACACUAAGAAUUACCAAUAAAGACACUAAAGAUAUCAGUUUGGACUGUUUGUACACCUGUACAAAUCAAUUGAUGCACAACUUUAAGCCUGAUGUCCUCCAACCAGGAAUGUUAAUCGAUGUUUCCUUUUUCUUCUACCCAAGAGAGGCAGUUAAAUACAAGGAAAUAGUUACCUUUGAGGUGAACGGUUUGUCAACAAAGACAGUAGAAUUUCUGGGAGAAGGAUGUGAAAUGAAGGUGACAGUUGCUGAAAGUAAGCACAAAAUUGUGAAGUUAGGCACCCAUAGUAUCGGCAGCUGUACCAAACGGACCAUCCCCAUUGUCAACAAGAGCUUAGCUUCCAUGACGUUCAAUCUUCAGUUCUCACCUGUAUGCACACAACUUAAAGAUGUCAUCUCUGUCACCCCGUCAUCAACCAUUACUCUCCCAGCAAAGGUGGGGACAAUAAAUAUACAAGUCAUCUUUAAGCCAACAACAAGAAUCCCCCAGUUCUCUGAAGAGGUAUUCAUAGAUGCAGCUGGCUACAGUCAACCCCUUUUUGUCAUUCAAGGAAGCUGCUUAGCAAUGCAACUUGACUUAGAGACUGACUACAUCCCUUUUGGGGCUGUUGUUCUGCAAAGUUACAGUACACGCAAGUUAGUCCUCAGCAACACAGGAGACAUCAAUGCAAGAGUUCACUGGGAUGUGGAGAAAUUCAAACCAGACUUUUACAUUAGUCCUGUUGACAGUCAUGUGGUUGCAGGCAAACAGAUUUUGUUUGAUGUGAUAUUUAAGCCACAAAAAAUUUUACCUGACAUUCGCUAUGAGAACUUAAUGUGCUUUGUGAACGAUGGUGAGUAUCCUCCUCUGAAACUGACCCUCACAGGUACUUGUGCCAGUACCCCUACCUCUCGAGAAGUACUCCACUUCCAGACUUUUGUACGGCACAAAGAGACAAAGAGUAUACCAAUCAGUAACAGAUCAAAUCAGCAGUGGGAUCUCCGCCCAAUUAUUGAUGGGAACUACUGGCAAGGGGUGCAUAAAUUCUCAGUGGAGCCUCAAUCAACAAAACAAUAUGAGAUUACAUACUCACCAAUGACUAUGACAGUGGCCGAUAAUAAAAAGCACACUGGUUCAAUAUUCUUUCCUCUUCCUGAUGGCACAGCCAUAUUUUACAGUCUGACCGGCAUUGCUGAGCCACCCAAACCAAAUGGCAAAAUCUCCAGAGACAUUCCAUGCAAAGUGCACUACACAGAACCUUUGACUGUUUAUAAUUGGUCCAAACAAUCAAUGAGGUUCAAGAUGAAAUCAGAGAUUAUGAAAACAGAAAAAACUGACAUGAGCACAACAUUCAAAGGAAUGGAUUACAUUGAUGUUCCUGCAGGUGGCCAGAAAGAAUAUCGUUUGGAAUUCCAUGCGUAUAAAGAAGGAUUAACUUGCCUCAGGGUAACUUUCACUCAUACUGAAUCGGGUGAGUACCAGUUCUACGAGUUGAACUUUCGUUCCACAAAACCAAGCAGCGUUGGCCUUAUUGAACUGAGCAGCCCAGUACGGAACAGUGUUCCCCACACCAUCAAUUUGGAAAAUCCAUUGACUUUUGCAGUUACAUUCAACAUCAAUACAAACCUCCCUGAUUUAAUUGUACCCGGCCAAGUCGUUAUCGCUCCACAAUCAACACGUCCUGUGAAAAUAGAAUUCCAGCCAAUCAAAAUUGGAGAAACCAGUGGUAAAUUAGAACUGGUCAGUCCUGAAUUAGGUCUCUAUCUUCAUGACGUGAACUUAAAAGCAACUCCUGCAGGGCCAGAGAGGGCCAUCUACAUGCGUACCUCCUUAGGACAAAUGGUUAACAUUGUUGCUAAAUUCCUCAAUUUCGCCAAACAGAGAACAGAUUAUGUCUGCAAGGUGGACAAUACAGAUUUCCAUGUGGACAAGUCUGUAGCUGCUGCCCCAGGGUCACCAUCUGGGACAGAAGUUGCCGUGGAUAUUACUUUUGAACCUUCUCGCCUUGGAGAACAGAGAGCUACCCUAACAGCAACAUCAUAUUUCGGUGGAGAAUAUGUAUUUCCACUAUUUGGAAUGUGCACUACCCCCAAACCCCAAGGGCCUUAUGUCAUCAAGGCUGGAGCCACGAUUUGUAUUGUAUUCCGUAAUGUAUUUAACACGAACACUACAUUUACAUUACAAGUGGAUAACGAGCUUUUCCACUUGCCAAAGAAGAACGAAUCAAUCAGGCCCCACAAAGAUUACCGAGUGAUUGUAGGCUUUGACGGCAAUGACAGCCCUUCCAAAGCAGAUGUAAUGGGAAAAUUGAUCAUAUCUUGUCCUCGAGUUACAGGGGAUACAACAAAUGUGCAGUGGGUUUACUAUCUUAAAGGAGUAACUACUUAA